CGAGCCGAAGAAGCCAUCACCGCCGCGACCUCACAAAAGGCGGCACUCGCGGCCGCCAUCGAUGCCGCUGAGCACUACAUGAGGGCCUUGCGCCUUGCAUCCCCCAAUGACAAAAAGAACUUAGAUUCCAAAUGCAAGGAACUCAUAACUCGAGCCGAAGCGAUCAAAUCCGCUACCGACUGGCGAUCAGCCGCCCAACCAAAAGCUGCUACACCUAAAUUGCGGCUCCCCACAUCCACGCGAAAGCUCACCACCCGUGAAGAAAUUAUUAUUCUUGAAGGUGCAAAGCUCAAUGGCUUUAUCUUCCCACCAUGGAGCCGCCCACCGGCUCCGACAGAAUUCGUAGCAUAUGACGAAAAUGUCCACUUUACGGACACACCAGACUUGCACCUCUCACAAUGUCAACGCGAUAUAUUUGCCGGUUGGAAAAGACCUGCAGAUCUCCUGCUUGCCAGUGAGCAACUCAAUGGCGCUGAGCCGGUCAUGUCGGUGACAGGGAUGACCGAUCUAGUACAAGAUGUACUCACAGAUUGUUCUGUGGUUGCUAGCCUAUGCGCUACCACCUCCCGAUCAGAACGGGGGCUAGGGAAGCAUGCGUCCCCCGCCAUGUACCCCUGCGAAGGAGAUCCUACCAGCCCGACUCUUUCACCCACUGGGAAAUACAUCUUCUCAUUCUAUUUUAAUGGCUCGUUUAGAAAAGUAGUCAUAGAUGACCGCUUGCCAUCCUCCAAAACAUCCCGGUCGCUUCAUGUGAUCGACCGGAAGAACCCCAAUUUCCUAUGGCCUGCGCUUGUCGAAAAAGCUUACCUGAAAGUGCGCGGUGGUUAUGAUUUCCCCGGAAGCAAUUCAGGGACCGACUUGUGGGUGCUGACCGGUUGGAUUCCCGAGCAAGUCUUUUUGCAUAACGAAGAUGCCACGUCGGACGAGAUCUGGGGCCGCUUGUUCAAGGCAUUUUCAUAUGGCGAUGUGGUGCUGACUAUUGGCACUGGAAGAUUAACUGAGCUGGAACAGCAAGGCCUGGGGUUGGUGAGCGAGCAUGACUAUGCGAUUCUGGACAUGAAGGAGGCCCAAGGGCGUCGCCAGUUCCUCUUGAAGAAUCCAUGGGCUGGUGCGGAGCCUGCAAGCAUGCGGGCCAGUCUAGAUCAUCUACCGUCUCCUCUAUCGCCAGGGACAUUCUGGAUGGAUUGUGAAGAAGUCCUACAGAACUUCGAAAAUCUCUAUCUGAACUGGAACCCUGGGCUGUUCAAACAUCGACAGGAUAUUCACUUUACAUGGGAUCUUUCCCAUGGGCCGAGUCUGGGGGGCACCGUGUGGCUCCUCCUUGGCAAACAUUUCAAAACCGACCACCAUCACUUCAUGAAAGACACCGAUCCUAAAGACGGGGAAUUGGGCUUCAUUAGUAUUUACAUUUUCCAGGCUGACGGCAAACGUGUAUCUCUCACUGACGGGGCACUUCAUCGGGGACCGUAUGUCGACUCUCCAAACACACUGAUGAGACUCGAGAUGCCGCCAAAGACAACAUAUACUGCUGUGAUCUCGGAGCAAUCGCUGCCUUCCUCGACUCAAAACUUCACUCUGUCCGCUUUCUCAACUCAUUUUGUAUCUCUAGCGCCGUCCCGAGACAAGUACAUGUGCCUAAGCAAGGCAGUCGGUUCCUGGACUUCCUUGACAGCCGGUGGAAACGCAGAGUCAGCUCGGUACUCAUUCAACCCUCAAUUUAGCUUGAAGGUAUCCGAAAAGACGGACAUAUCUAUCCUCCUAGAAUCAGACGAAGCCGAACUCGCAAUCCACGUGAAGAUUUUCUGGUCAAAUGGCCAGCGCGUUUCGAGAGUGCGCAAUCGAGAUAUCAUAGCCGACAGUGGUGACUACCGUCGCGGGUGUGCUCUGGCCGAGACCAAGUCCCUUGGGAAGGGGGUAUACACCCUCGUGUGCUCGACCUUCGCACCAGACCAGAUUGGUCGUUUCACUCUAUGGAUCUCAUCUGACAUACCCUGCACCGUGCAGUCCUUAGCUUCCGAAUCUGCCGGUCGUCGAGUGGCCUUAUCUGACGUUGGCGUUCUCCACCCCGGGAAAGAUAGGAUGAUGGCUUCUCUGCAGACAUCUCGUUUAACCCGACUCAAGCUCGUUGCGAGAAAUAAACUAUCGAAGAUUGGAUCUCGUUCCGUUGCGCCGUCGCCGGUAUUGAUGACUGUGGAGCUCGGUCAGGGCCCAUAUAAAGAAAUCCUGGCUGCUUCAGAAGAUGGAAGCUAUUGCGAUGCUGCAUCAGGAGUGCGAGUUGAAGACUUUGAUUUAUCCCCGAGUCUAGAAUUUCAAAACCAGGUGUGGAUUGUUAUUGAGCGGGUUGGAGGCCCGGGAGGACAAGUUGAGGAUCAUUUUGAAGUGGAAGUGUUGUCAGAGGAGCGGGUUGAUGUAGGGGGGGUGGAUUGUCGAGGAUCCAUGAGCACGGUUCAUCUACAAUAUGGUAUCUGCAUGCCUCACCUGGGCAUGCUGGCAUACUGA